UAAACUGAAACCUCGGCUCUCACUCAAUGACCAUCUUAAUAUUCUUGAAGAGAAUAUUCGGAGGCUGCUGCCCCUUCCACCUCUGGAAAAACUCAAAAAUGAAGGCGAGACAGAAAAGGACAAGGAGCACAUUCAUUUUCUAUAUGAACGAUCCAUGGAUGCUCUGGGAAAGCUGCUGAGGACCAUGAUGUGGGAUAAUGUGAAAGCAGAGGACUGUCAAGAAAUGUUCAGUCUUCUCCGAAUGUGGCUAGUUUCACAGAAAGAGUGGGAAAGAGAAAGAGCCUUCCAGAUCGCUGCAAAAGUUCUGACACAUGAUAUCGAGGCUCCAGAGAACUUUAAAAUUGGCUCACUCCUAGGCCUCCUGGCUCCUCACUCCUGUGACACCUUGCCCACCAUCCGUCAGGCCGCAGCUAGCUCGGCCAUUGGUCUGUUCUGUAUAAAAGGUAUUCGCCUGGAAAUGGAAAGGCUUCAGGGUUUGCAGGAAGGGCUGCAAUGUGAGGAUGUGCAGGUCCAGAUCAAGAUUUCUUCUAAAAUAGCAAAGAUUGUCUGUAAACUCAUCCCAAGUGAAGAAAUUCUCACGUUCCUGGAGGAAACCCUGGAUGGUCUGGAGACCCUCAACCCCACAUGUACGACAGCCUGUGGCACAUGGAUGAUUGCUGCCCUGAAGGAACAGGGAGCUGCUUUGGAAGAUCAGCUCUUGGAGAUCUUGGGCAUAAUUUACUAUCACAUGCCAGUUCUCAGACAAAAGGAGGAAAGUUUUCAGUUUACGCUGGAAGCCAUCUCCCAGAUAGCCAGCUUCCACACGGAUGGAGUUGUCACCAGUCUUUUACAGAAGCCUCUGCCCUUCGACAGGGACACAAAGACACUAUGGAAGGCUUUGGCUGAGAACCCGGCCUCCAGUGGUAAGCUCCUGCGAGUCUUAACAAAGAAACUAGAGAGCGGGUUGGAAGAUGACCUCGCCGGCAUGGAUGCGCUUGCAGUGGCCUGUGCUAUCCAUGAAGUGGUAUCAACAGGCAUCCCUGUCACAGGCUUGUACCCAGAGCUGUUCACUCUUCUCCUGAAGCUGGUUAGCUGCACACUGGGCCAGAAGAUGCCAACUUCUAGCUUGAGCCACAGGCGGCGAGUGAUGCAGCAGGGAGAACGACAGCAGAUCGCAGAUCCCUGCAGGCUCUCAACUACAACCCUGAAGUGUGUGCAAGCCCGAGCCAUGAAAGAAGGCCUUGCCAAAGAAUCUGAUGAAGGGGACAAUUUAUGGAUGCUACUCCACAAUCCCGGUACCCACCACACAGGAGUAUGUGCACUGGCCAGGAGCAUGGCAGUGUGGCAACAUGGAGUCAUACUGGAGAUCAUGAAGCAACUAUUCUCAUCUCUCACCUCCUCCUCGGAGAACUACCGGAUCACUGGCACAGCUUUCUUCUCUGAGCUCAUGAAGGAGCCAGUCCUCUGGAAGCACGGGAAUCUGCGCGAAGUGCUCAUCUUGGUGGAUCAGAGUGCCUGGGACCCCAAUGCCACUUUGAGACAAAUGGCCAUCCGAGGCCUCGGGAAUGCGGCUUCUGGAGCCCCCCACAAGGUGAAGAAGCAUAAGCAGAUAAUCCUAGAAUCUACCAUCAGAGGUCUGUAUCACCUGGCCCGCACCGAAGUCGUCUGUGAAAGCCUGAAGACUCUAAAAAAGACACUGGAGCUGCUCACAGACCGAGAUGUGAGCUUCUACUUCAAAGAAAUAGUGCUGCAAACGAGAACCUUCUUUGAAGACGAUCAGGAUGAUGUGAGACUGACUGCCAUCAUCUUAUUUGAGAAUCUGGCAUCCCUAACAGGAAGAAGGUGGAAGAUGUUUUUUGCUGAAGAAAUUAAAAAGAGCAUGAUUUCAUUCCUUCUCCACCUCUGGGAUCCCAAUCCCAAAAUUGGAAAUGCUUGCCGUGAUGUCCUGAUCACCUCCAUUCCUUUUCUGGGCCUCCAGGAACUCUAUGGAGUGUUAGAUCAUCUCCUUGAUGCUCAGGACUUGCCGAGGGCCAGGGAUUUCUAUAGGCAAUUCUGUGUGAAACUGGCCAAGAAAAACCAGGAAAUCCUGUGGAUCCUUCACACACACUCAUUCACCUUCUUCAGCAGCAGCUGGGAGGUGAUCAGGAGUGCAACUGUCAAACUCACAGAUGCCAUUGUUCUCAAUUUGACCAACCAAUAUAUGGAGCUAUUAGACAGAGAACAACUGACUACACGGCUCCAAGCACUUCUGCAAGAUCCCUGUAUUAGUGUCCAGAGAGCAGCUGAAGCUGCUUUGCAAACCCUCCUGAGAAGGUGUAAAGAGAUAAGCAUCCUUCCGUAA